ACGCAGGCGCAGUACGGUCCCCCGGGCGACGGCGGUGGCGGCUGUUCGGGGUGCUCGGCUCCCUCCCAUCUAGGCCGACCCCGGCCUGUUUCACCCCCAGAAAAUCACUGGGGCUGCAAGCUUUCUCGUCGUUCCCCACGAAAGUAAAGCUUGGGGACCUGGGGGGGAUCCGGAAGUACCGCCUCGCAAUCCCCAAAUACAACCGGGGAAACGGAAGUGGCCAUCGGUGGUAGGUUGGGGGAGACCGGAAGUGACGAGCGCUGUCGGCCAUGGAGCCCAGUGAUAGUAGCAGUACCGCUAUGGAGGAGCCUGACAGCCUGGAAGUGUUGGUGAAGACCCUGGACUCACAAACUCGGACAUUUAUUGUGGGGGCCCAGAUGAAUGUAAAGGAGUUUAAGGAACAUAUUGCUGCUUCUGUCAGCAUCCCCUCUGAGAAACAAAGACUCAUCUAUCAGGGACGAGUUUUGCAGGAUGAUAAGAAGCUCCAGGAAUACAAUGUUGGGGGAAAGGUUAUCCAUCUGGUGGAACGGGCUCCUCCUCAGACUCAACUCCCUUCUGGGGCAUCUUCUGGGACAGGGUCUGCCUCAGCCACCCAUGGUGGAGGACCCCCAUCUGGUACUCGGGGACCUGGGGCCUCUGUUCAUGACCGGAAUGCCAACAGCUAUGUCAUGGUUGGGACCUUCAAUCUUCCUAGUGACGGCUCUGCUGUGGAUGUUCACAUCAACAUGGAACAGGCCCCAAUUCAGAGUGAACCCCGAGUAAGGCUGGUGAUGGCUCAGCACAUGAUCAGGGAUAUACAGACUUUACUAUCCCGGAUGGAAUGUCGAGGGGGGACCCAAGUACAACAUGGUCAACCAUCUGCACAAACCCCAACUGUGGCCCCAGAGCCAGUAGCCCUGAGCUCUCAAACAUCAGAACCAGUCGAAAGUGAAGUGCCUCCCCGGGAGCCUAUGGAGGCAGAAGAUGUGGAGGAACGUGCUCCAGCUCAGAACCCCGAGUUCACUCCUCCUGGUCCAGCGCCAGCAGGCCCAACAACUGCCCCAGAGACAAAUGCACCCAACCAUCCUUCCCCUGCAGAGUAUGUAGAGGUGCUUCAGGAACUACAACGACUUGAGAAUCGCCUCCAGCCCUUCCUACAGCGCUACUAUGAAGUUUUGGGUGCUGCUGCUACCACUGACUACAACAACAAUCAAGAAAGCCGCGAAGAGGACCAGCGCUUGAUCAGCUUGGUUGGGGAGAGCCUUCGACUGCUGGGCAAUACCUUUGUUGCACUGUCUGACCUGCGCUGCAAUCUGGCUUGUGCUCCCCCACGACAUUUACAUGUGGUCCGACCCAUGUCUCACUACACCACCCCCAUGGUGCUCCAGCAGGCAGCCAUUCCCAUCCAGAUAAAUGUGGGGACCACUGUGACCAUGACAGGGAAUGGAACCCGGGCCCCCCCAACUUCCACUGCAGAGGCACCUCCCCCAGGUCCUGGGCAAGCCUCAUCACUGGCUCCUUCUUCCACUACUGUUGAGUCCUCAACUGAGGGGGUCCCCCCACCUGGUCCAGCCCCACCCCCAACUGCCAGCCACCCAAGGGUCAUCCGAAUUUCCCACCAGAGUGUGGAACCUGUGGUCAUGAUGCACAUGAAUAUUCAAGAUUCUGGCACACAGCCUGGUGGAGUUCCGAGUGCUCCCACUGGCCCCCUGGGACCCCCUGGUCAUGGCCAGACCCUGGGCUCCACCCUCAUCCAGCUGCCCUCCCUGCCCCCUGAGUUCAUGCACGCCGUCGCCCACCAGAUCACUCAUCAGGCCAUGGUGGCAGCUGUUGCCUCCGCGGCCGCAGGACAGCAGAUGCCAGGUUUUCCAACAGCUCCAACUCGCGUAGUGAUUGCACGACCUACCCCUCCACAGGCUCGACCAUCCCAUCCUGGGGGUCCCCCAGUCUCAGGAUCUCUGCAGGGAGCUGGACUGGGUACCAAUGCCUCUUUGGCCCAGAUGGUGAGCGGUCUUGUGGGGCAGCUUCUUAUGCAACCUGUUCUUGUAGCUCAGGGCACCCCAGGAAUGACUCCACCUCCAGCCCCUGCAACUGCUUCAGCCAGUGCUGGCACCACCAAUACAGCUACCACAGCUGGUCCUGCCCCUGGGGGACCGGCCCAGCCUCCACCUCCCCAACCUCCUGCCACCGAUCUUCAGUUCUCUCAGCUCCUAGGGAACCUGCUUGGGCCUGCAGGACCAGGGACCGGAGGGCCUGGCAUGGCUUCUCCCACCAUCACUGUUGCUAUGCCUGGUGUCCCUGCAUUUCUCCAGGGCAUGACUGACUUCUUGCAGGCAACACAGACGACCCCUCCUCCCCCACCACCACCCCCACCUCCACCUCCUGCACCGGAGCAACAGACCACUCCUGCACCAGGGUCCCCUUCCAGUGGCACAGGGAGUCCUGGAGGCCUGGGUCCUGAAAGCCUGCCUCUGGAGUUUUAUACCUCGGUGGUGCAGGGUGUGCUGAGUUCCUUGCUAGGCUCCCUGGGGGCUCGAGCUGGCAGCAGUGAAAGUAUUGCUGCUUUCAUACAACGCCUCAGUGGAUCCAGCAACAUCUUUGAGCCUGGGGCUGAUGGCGCCCUUGGAUUCUUUGGGGCCUUGCUUUCUCUUCUGUGCCAGAACUUCUCCAUGGUGGAUGUGGUGAUGCUUCUCCAUGGGCAUUUCCAGCCACUGCAGCGGCUCCAGCCCCAACUGCAAUCCUUCUUCCACCAGCACUACCUAGGUGGCCAGGAGCCCACACCUGGCAACAUCCGGACGGCGACCCACACAUUGAUCACUGGCCUGGAAGAGUAUGUCCGAGAGAGUUUUUCUUUGGUGCAGGUCCAGCCAGGUGUGGACAUUAUCCGGACAAACCUGGAAUUUCUCCAAGAGCAGUUUAACAGCAUCGCUGCUCACGUGCUUCACUGCACAGAUAGUGGAUUUGGGGCCCGUUUGCUGGAGUUGUGUAACCAAGGCCUAUUUGAAUGCCUGGCAUUGAAUCUGCACUGCUUGGGGGGACAACAAAUGGAGCUUGCUUCUGUCAUCAGUGGCCGAAUUCGUCGCAUGUCUCGAGGGGUGAAUCCAUCCUUGGUGAGCUGGCUGACCACUAUGAUGGGACUAAGGCUUCAAGUGGUACUGGAGCACAUGCCUGUAGGUCCUGACGCCAUACUCAGAUAUGUCCGCAGGGUUGGUGAUCCCCCUCAGCCACUUCCUGAAGAGCCAAUGGAAAUUCAGGGAUCAGAGAGAACUUCCCCUGAGCCUCAGCGGGAGAAUGCUUCCCCAGCCCCUGGAACAACAGCAGAAGAGGCCAUGUCCCGUGGUCCACCUCCUGCUCCUGAGGGGGUUUCCCGAGAUGAACAGGAUGGAGCUUCAGCUGAGACAGAACCUUGGGCAGCUGCAGUCCCUCCAGAAUGGGUCCCUAUUAUCCAGCAGGACAUUCAGAGCCAGCGAAAAGUGAAACCACAGCCCCCUCUGAGUGAUGCCUACCUCAGUGGUAUGCCUGCCAAGAGACGCAAGACGAUGCAGGGUGAGGGCCCCCAGCUGCUUCUCUCAGAGGCCGUGAGCCGGGCAGCUAAGGCAGCCGGAGCUCGGCCCCUGACGAGCCCCGAGAGCCUGAGCCGGGACCUGGAGGCACCAGAGGUUCAGGAGAGCUACAGGCAGCAGCUUCGGGCGGAUAUUCAAAAGAGAUUGCAGGAAGACCCCAACUACAGCCCUCAGCGCUUCCCUAAUGCUCACCGAGCCUUUGCUGAUGACCCGUAGCUCUUUUGUCUAUGAUCCUCCCCUGCCAGGGGACCAUUCCUCACCUCCCCUCUUCCUUCACAGUAUUUAAGAAAUAAAAGUCAGAUUUUCCUGGC